AUGGGCCAAUCCACAGCUGAGAAAGAUGGACCUCCAAACAUAUCUUUGCAUGCAUUUUAUGUUAUUGAUAAUGCCAAGAAAGCAGUAGAGGCUUUAUGUCCUAAAACUGUAUCUUGUGCAGAUAUCUUAGCAUUAGCAGCAAGGGAUGCAGUCACUUUGUCUGGAGGGCCAACAUGGGUGGUGCCGAAAGGAAGAAAAGAUGGAAGAGUUUCGAAAGCAACUGAAACACGACAAUUACCAGCUCCAACAUUUAAUAUUUCUCAAUUGCAACAAAGUUUUGCUCAGAGAGGUCUUUCCUUAGACGAUUUAGUUGCCCUUUCAGGAGGACAUACACUUGGAUUCUCUCAUUGCUCAUCCUUUCAGAACAGGAUACACAACUUUAAUUCAAAGCAAAGUGUCGACCCAACAUUGGAAUCGUCAUUUGCAGCCAGUUUAAAAAGUGUAUGCCCAGCAAAGAACACAGCGAAAAAUGCUGGUGCCAAUCUUGAUUCGACUCCCACGACUUUUGACAAUAGAUACUAUAAGUUACUUCUCCAAGGGAAGAGUAUUUUCUCUUCUGAUCAGUCGUUGGUCACAUCAGCAAAGACCAAAGCAUUGGUCUCAAAGUUUGCUAGCUCACAACAAGAGUUCCAGAAAGCAUUUGUUAAAUCCAUGAUUAAGAUGAGUAGCAUUAAUGGUGGGCAAGAGGUUAGGCUCGAUUGUAGAGCAGUAAACUAA